AGUGCUGCUCCAACCUCCUGAGUUGAUUAAACUUCUGAUUCGCGUCCGUCGUGACACAACCGUAAUGACAUUAGACUUUUUGACGGUUACUAACGUUUACAUGUGCCUUUUUAUUGUUUCGUACCGUCUCAGUGAUAGAUACCUGUUAACAGUGAAAAUAACUUAGUGAAUCACCUGCUCGGCUGUCAGUUAUGGGUAAUAAAGCAGCGGAAAUCUGCGUGUGUUCAAGCACGAGCUGUUUGAUGUGUUAAGGGGCUUCAUCACGUGACUAUCAAAAAUGAACUGCUUCAGUCAAAGGUUAAGACGCACAGCUCCCAUACAUGGCAGCAGUCAGAAUAAGCUGGUCCCCUCCAAGCCUGCGAAGAUGAAUGGAUGGACCUGGCCCCCUCGACCCACCCAAGUGAUCGGCUGGCUGGUGUUCAGCUAUCUCGCCAUAGUCAGCUUUGGUAUCUUUAUCCCUCUUCUGCCUCCACCAUGGAACCAUGUGGUCUAUACUCUGAUGGGGAUAGCAUUUAUUUUACACUUUAUUACCAAUGUAGCGGCAGCAACUAUAGAUCCAGCUGAUGCCAGUGUGAGAGCCAAACAGAACUACUCCAAUCCAGUGCCGUUUUUUGAUCGGACAAAGCAGUCCCAUGUCAUCCAGAACCUACACUGUGCUCUAUGUGAUGUCAUAGUGGGCCCCAAAGUAAAACACUGUAGCAUUUGCAACAAGUGUAUUGAAGACUUUGAUCAUCAUUGUAAUUGGCUGAACACAUGUGUGGGUGGCCGAAACUAUAGGUGCUUCUUUGUAGCUGUGUCCUCUGCUACAUUUGGCAUCUCCCUGCUGGUUAUGGUCACUUUAUUCAUAGUGAUUCAGCACUACCUGGAUCCAAACAACCUCCGGACCGCUCCACAGUUUGACAGUGUUCUAGGAAAUGGGACCUGGUUUGUGUUUUUACCAGUAGCUCCCAUACAGACUAGUUCAGCUGGUCUCCUCACAAUCACCUUCAUCACAAUGUUUCUGAGCGUCGUCAUCCUGCUGCUGCUUGGUUAUCUACUGGGCUUGCACCUUUAUCUCUUUCAUAGGGGCUUGAGCACAUAUGAGUAUGUAAAGAUGCAGUGUCAGAGAGAAGCCAGAAAGCAAGACAUUGAAGCACCAAAGCCAAAUGAUAGAAAAAAGCAAAAAAACAAAAAGAAGAAGCCUCCACAGACCAAGCAGAGCUCGGUUAACUGUGCGCCACCACCACCAGACACUUCAAGUGCCUGCCAAUAUGAUGAUAAAGGGCCACUCACCAGUCGAGUUUCAGAAUCUGUAUGCGGUAAUCUGUAUGAGUUGGAAAACUUUAAGAAAUCUGCAGAAAAGGAGGAUAGUUUCCAGAAUGGUGCAGAAAACUCUGCUGAAAAUGCAGGGGAUCUGUCUGUGAACACUGUCGAACACUGGAAACCUGACGCAGAUGACGAGGCUCAGGACGUUAACAUGAAGUCUGUGGACGGUGUUCCUGAGGUUCAAGAUUCUCUGGGCAGCUCAGACGGUGUUCCAGAGGUUCAAGAUCCUCUGGGCAGCUCAGUGAUGACUCCAGACGAUUCGCGGUAGCGACUAAUGUCUUCACCUCAGUGUGUGACGAUAUGCUGCCCAGGAAUCACUGUACUGUAUGUUCUAUGGAACUGAGUUUAAAGACCCAUGAUGACAGGGAGUCUUGAACCUGACGUCACUGUUCAGCCACACAUCAUCAAACUAUUUUUUUAUGCAGUGGACACUGGGCCGGAUCUACUAACGUCCCAAUUUGCAUGUACUAAUUUGCAUGUGCUAUCUAGAAUUUUGC